AUGAAAGAUCCUACUAUUGCUGAUAUUGAUGCCCGUCGUCAAGCUGUUGGCCAGAUGGUGGCCCCGACGGCUGCCUAUGCAGACUCGGAUAUGUUUAAGCUGCAGUGUUCAAGGGCAUCUAACAAACCAGCGGCAAGAAGAUGGGACAAUCACUUGACGGCUGAAUCCUUCGCACGCGCCCCUGGCAUUCUAAAAGUAGCCGCAAGAUUCCUCAAAAGACCGGGCAUCAUCUCGCUGGCUGGAGGUCUACCGACUCCUGACUAUUUCGGCUUCCGCUCUAUAAGUGCUCAAGUCCCCACCUCGAACCAUGGCAUCUUCUUCGAGGGCGAGUCGACAAUUACAAUGGGGAUACACGAUAUAGCUACUGAAAACGCAGCAUUUGAUCUCUCGGUUGCUUUGAAUUACGGCCAGGCAGCAGGCUCGGCACAGAUGAUCCGUUGGAUCACCGAGCACGUCGAGCUGGUUCACAACCCUCCCUAUGCCGACUGGGACACCUGUUUAACAACUGGAAGUACAGAUGGCUUAUACAAAGCGCUGAGGAUGUUAUGCGACAAAAACAGAGGCGAUUCGUGGAUGACUGAAGAGUACAGUUACGCUACAGCCCUGGAGACAGCUAUUCCCCUGGGUAUUAGAACAGUCGGCAUCAAGAUGGAUUCAGAAGGCCUAGUACCAGAGGCUAUGGAUAAAAUCCUCACCAACUGGGACGCAUCAAGGAUGGGAGCAAGAAAGCCACACGUGCUAUACACUGUACCAACUGGUCAAAACCCGACAGGAUCAACACAAAGCGCAUCGAGAAGAAGAGCCAUAUACGACGUCUGCCAGAAACACGACGUAUACAUCCUCGAAGACGACCCAUACUACUUCCUCCAGCUGCAUUCUCGCACUUCCAACAGCCAACCUCGAAAACUAUCCGUCGGCGAAUUCCUCGCCUCUCUGCCGCCCUCAUACCUAAGCAUCGACACCGACGGCCGCGUAAUGCGCCUCGACUCCUUUUCCAAGAUCCUCGCCCCCGGCACGAGAAUGGGCUGGGUGACGGCCUCGGAGCAGAUGAUUGAGCGAUUCAUCCGCCACAGCGAAACUGCAAGCCAAGGGCCCGGCGGCUUCUCCCAAGCCAUGGUGUAUAAGCUGGUGGACGAGAAAUGGGGCCACACGGGGUUUUUAAAUUGGCUGCAGCGUUUGCAGGCGGGAUAUACGGAUAGGAGAGACGUCAUGAUGAGUGCGUUUGACAAGUUUCUGCCAAAGUUGAUUGUUAGCUGGCAUGUUCCAAGUGCCGGGAUGUUUUGCUGGCUCAAGAUCAAGUACAGCUGCCACCCCAACUCGAAAAUAUACUCCACGCUUGACAUUGAGGAAGAAAUAUUCGCGGCAUGCCUCAAGCGAGGUGUUCUCCUCGCAAAGGGCUCCUGGUUCAGGGCAGAGCCGGAUCUGCCGCUCCAAGGAGUCUUCUUCCGCCUCACGUUUGCGGCGGCGAGUGCCGAGAGCAUAGAGGUGGCUGUUCGGGCUUUCGGGACUGCGCUUCGCACGAUUUUUGGCUUGGUUUAG